AUGACCUCCAAACCAGCAAUAGCAAAGCUCCAGAGCUCAGACGACUUCCUCCUCUGUAACGCAUGCGGCACGCAAUACCCAGUGAACACGCAGAGCAACAAAGACAGCUGCAAGAUCUGCGAUGACCCUCGCCAAUUCGUACCACCCGAAGGCCAGACUUUCACAACCUUAGCCACUCUUCGAAACCAAGGCCACCGCAAUGUCUGGUGGCAAGACAAGCAGAAUCGCAAGAUCUGGUCGGUCAGAACAGAGCCGCAGAUUCGUUCAAUGAAGUUCGCAAUCGGCGAGCGAGCAAUGUUGUUGCAGACUGAAGCCGGGAACAUCCUCUGGGAUCUAAUACCUUUCCUUGAUGCCGAGACCGUUGACCGCAUUAACGACUUUGGAGGCCUGAAAGCAAUCGUGAUCUCGCAUCCGCACUACUACAGUACCUGGGCAGAUUGGUCCCGCACUUUCUCCUGUCCUGUAUACGUCGGCGCACACGAUAAGGAGUGGUUGGGGCAAAUCCAUAGAGAAGGGACCGAACUGCGGUUCUUGAUAGAUAUUCACACGCCCCUCCUGCAUCCCGAGUCAGGAGUGACAGCCAUCCUGGCGGGUGGCCAUUUUCCGGGCUCUUUGCUCCUGCACUGGAAGCAAGCUAAAAGCCUCUUCAUAGCGGACACCAUCUUCACCUCACCCUCCGCCACGAACCCUGUCCCAGGCAAGGAGGGAGUGAUCAGUUUCACUUUCUUCUGGAGUAUACCGAAUCGGAUCCCUUUGCAUCCGGAUGACAUCCUCAUGAUCUGGAACAAGGUUAAGCACUUGGAGUUUCACUCCGCGUAUGGUGCGUUCAAGGGCAUGGAUGUGUAUACUAUGUCCAACGAGGCUGGGAGGGGCACGGGAGGGGUGAAGGGGAGGUUGUUGCAGAGCUGUAAGAUCUAUGUUGGGGCUAUGGGGUGGAGGGAGCAUAGUGUCUUUGAAGAGGUCUUGGAGAUGCCGUAG